CUUGGAAACGUCAACUGAAAUGUCAAAGUGCCACGAAAACACGGAAAUCGCUGCAAAACAAUUACCAGAAAUCCAGGGAUUUUGAGCAAAUUGUGAAGUGGAGGGUGUAUUUUUGGGACUUGCAAUUGGUCAGGACAAUUCAUAUGAUGACGGAGCAGGGUGUGACAAGUGUUCCCAAUCCGCCAGUGACUGAAAAAGAUGAAUCACAACAGACGGAGCAUGUUGCAGAGAUUCCAGCCUCGACGGUACGAAGUGGCCUGGUAGAGCUGGAAAAUCGUGCAUCGCAGCUGAUUCAGUCGAUGGAAAACUUGAAAACAUCUCCGGAUGCUACAGCAGGAACACCAACAGCUCCUCAGACACCAAUUGGGGUUCCUGUGGCUGGAUUUCUAGCACCAGAGAGGCGAGAUGCUGCAGAGAUUGUCUCUGGGCUGGAGACAUUGAUUUGCACGACAGAAUCCGGGGUUGAGCCGGAGUAUUCACUGCCGCCACUGAAUGAGGUGAGUCAACUUGCACUGAUCUCGCACAGUUUUGUGGCCUACUUGAGUCAUCUGAGGAGGAGUCAGCUGGUCAAAGUGACCACGAAGAUUGCCUCGGACACAAAUCGAUGGCUCUCCCACAUUUUCCGCUUCAGUGACAGUUCCACGAGCUACCACAAUGACAGCACAGAAUGUGUCCUCAGAGCCCUCAGACUGGCCAUUGUGUCCAAGUGUCCAGGAUACUUAGAGGCCGGAAUUCAAGCCCUGGCCAAUCCGUGCAUGUACGUCACAGAAAACAGCGCCCUCCUGGCGCUUCAGUACGCUGCCCGGCAACUGGGAUUGCCCUCAGAUUGCAUUCGUGUUGUGCCCAGUAGUCCCGGAAGCAUGGGCACCAUGGACGUGGCCACACUCCAACGUCUCAUAGCUGCAGAUGUGGCCAACAAACGCGUGCCACUGUUCGUGAUUGCCAAUGUGGGAGCGUCAGUUUGUGGCUUCGUGGACAAUAUCCCGCAACUCUAUGAAGUUUGUCGAGCAGGAAAUGUCUGGCUGCACUGCCGAGGGCACUCUCUAGCAGCUCUGGCAACGGCCCAGGGCAAUGGAGAUGUGAGAGAACUCUGUGAUUCAAUAUCUCUCAGCCUGGGCAGUUGGCUGGCCGUUCCAAGUCUUCCUGUUGUGCUUCUGCAUCGGCAAAUUCAAAAUGUGGCCUUGUCUGUAUUUGAAUCCGAUCCCAUUGUGUCCAGAAGACUCAAUUCCCUGACUCUUUGGACGACUCUCCAGGCUCUCGGCAGAGAUUUAAUCUCCGAGAGGAUCCUCAUGGCUUUUGAGUCAGUCAGGGUGGUCUACGAAAUCCUGUCAAAGUGCGAAGGAUUACGUAUUUUGAGUAAGAAACCAGGAGGAGAUUCUGGUAUUUCUGUCGUGGAUCUUGUUCAUGAGCCUCUCAAUGCUUCUAUGCUUUUUGAGAUUGCUGUGAGUGUCGUGGUGUUUCAAUUUCACCAGAAAUCCCCGGAAACUGAAGCCGAGGCUGCUGCCCAGGGAGAACUGACUGAGAGAUCACGGUACUUGGAUCGAAUGAAUGAGUGGCUGGGUGAAAUAAUCCAGCGGGAUUGUCCAGGAGUAGAUCUGGAAAUUAUCGAUCAUGCAGUUUAUGGUACUGCCAUUCGUUUUUGUCCCUUCGAAAUGGCUCUGGGUGAAUCUGUGCCCACAAUUGAGUAUCUCGAGCACUUUGCGGCCUGCCUGGACCUUCAGGUUGGCAUUCUGAAGGCUACUGAGCGGCACAAGGUGACUUUCCAGGAGAUUGUCAAACGCAGCGAAGUGCUAAGGCUCAUUCCAUUGCCAGAUUGGGCUGGCCUCGGUGGAGUUCGAUUCGUUCCUGACGGCUGGGAGACUUUGCUGACAGAUCAGGCCAAGACGGAGCUCAACAAAUUGAAUACAGACCUCGUGGAAGCCCUCAGAUCAACUGACAGUGCUUUUACAUUGGGCGAAGGUGGAGAUGGGUUGAUCUGUGUGAAACUGGGCAUGGUGACGGAGGAGACAGACGUGGAGGAGUUGCUGGAUGUGGUGAUUUCCGUGGGGAAGAGUGUUCAGGAGAAUUCGCGAGUGUUGGACUCGAUGUCGGAGAUCGUGAAGAAGGGCAUUGAAACAGUGACAGCUGAUUUGCAACGGGAGUCUGAUGAGAAAUUGUGGCAGGAUGGGAUUCUCAGGCAUGUUCCAAUUGUGGGAAGUGUGUUCAAUUGGUGGUCCCCACCACCCAAGGAAACCGGCAUCAAGGGUAGGAGUCUCAAUUUGACUCAAGGAGUUGUGGAGAGCACAGAAAACAUAUACAAGUAUCAUAUGCAAAUCGCUGGUGGGUCAAGUCAAAUUCCCGGCAAUAGAAGCCCCCCGACGCCCAUGGUGCAAACAUCUGUGAGUGCUGGACAUUCCCGGAAUGUUAGUCAGAGCAGUGGAACAUCGACAAAUGUUCAGGAAGCUCAACAAUUAAAGGAUAAAGAAUAAGAAAAAAAAAUAUUUGAAUCUACAUUGCAAUUUACUAAAGAAAAGGUUUUAAAAAGAAAAAUUUAAGAAAAACAAACUUAUUCUAAUUACAACUUAGUAUUUAGAAAUAUUAUUUUAGUAGAUGCUACUAAAAGAAAUUCCUAUAUUGUUAUUUUAUCACUUUAUUUACUCUUUUCACCAUUUCUAAUUUUUUUUUCUAUUACCUAAAUUGUUUUUUUUUUUGUAAUACUUUCUCCGCAUGGGGAAAGUUACAUGAUUUUUUUUUUGUUGUUGAAUGUUUCUAUUCACUAAAUAUAUAUUUAAAAAAAAAAAAGAAAAGAAAAGGAAAAAUUAAUGCCCUUAAAGUAUCCAACAGGUGAAAUAUUGCACAAUAAUGUGAUGAGUAAAAUAGAUUUUUUUUUUAGUUUUUAAACAGAGAUGAUUUUAAGUCUUUUAAGUAAAUUAUGAAAUAAAUAUCAAAGAACUUUUAUUGCA